AUGAAAAUGUUCUUAGAUCUUGGUGUUUCGUCGAAGCGCUCAAGUUCAGGUUUUGAUCUUUUAGCCAGACAAAUGAUUAGGAACAAUGUGAAAAGCCAGAUUACAUAUGAACAGCCAUCAAGUUUACAAUUGAGAACUACAACUAUACUGCUACAAAAAAAAUUGUUUUGUAAAAUUUCCCAAUUGUUCGUAAAUGUAUAAUUUUUGCUUUUAAUGGCCGCUUGUUUCGAUUAGCCCCUAUGGUUAUUACAGGUGACCAGCACUACACCUAUAUAUCUGCCGUUAGACUCGUGUGCACGCGAGUCGGACGUGUUUUUGUGAGCUCCGCUUAUUUUAUAUUUUUCUACUCAUUAUCCACAUUUAAUCUUAUCCACAUUUUAAUAUGUUGAUACACGAUGGUGAUACCUAUCUUUGGACCGGUUCCUUGGCCGACUAAAAGUGCUUUGUUGAUGAAAUUUUAAAUCUUAAAGGGAAGUGGAGCUCUACGGCAAAGUCUGACCUUGUUGACCUUGUUAUUAAAUGGUUUGGCUGGCGGUCCCAGAAAUUUGUGAUUCAAGUAGACAGUGCUGUGAAUUUUUUAACACAGACGUUUGAGAGCUUGGUGAACAAGAGUAAAGGAAACAAAGCUGAUAGCAAGAAUGGUACUGAUGGAGCGAUUGUUGGCGAUGGCGAUACAGUACAUCCUAAUGUACUGGAGGUAUGUAAAUGUUCCUGCUCCGUUGAUCUAGAGGGCCUGAAGCAAGAAAUAACCAUUUUAGAAUCGCGAUUAUUUGCCGCAAUUUCCAAAAAUGAGCUUGAGUUAGAUAUUGAUCUGCUCAGAGUUAAACAGAAAGAAUCGGAAGCCGCUAUAAGACGCCAAGACGAUGUGAUUUGUACUCUUAACGAAGAGAAUCAAUUCCUUAAAGCAAGGCUGUUGGCUCUUGAAAAGUCGUUUCUCAAGAUAACUUAUAAUGUCGAUACAGACAAAGAACCUGGCUCAUCAGUUUACAAAGCCAAAGGUAUUGACAAAGCGGCCGCUUUUCAUGCCAGUGAACAAUCUAACAAAAGUAACCUCAGCUCAAUUAACACUGAAUUACUUAAUACCUCUCAUGACAAUAGUCUUGCGCGGCAUAAUAACAACGGACAACGCAAUGCCGAUGAUUUGAAAAAUAAUCAAAUUGACCUUGCAAAUGAUGAUGCUGUGUUUUCCCCAAAACAGCAGAACGAAAAUAAUACGCACAAAGGCAUAAAUUCGAACUUGCAAUCGGAAUCGCAGCAGUCAACCAACAUAGAAGGGAAUAAACCUAGAUAUGAUCUGUCCCCAAAAACCUCUCAUGACAAUAGCCGUAUUAGAUACGAUCCAUCUCUAAAAACCUCCCAUGACAAUAGCCUUAUUUGGCAUAAUGACAACAGCCAAUGCAAUGCCGACGAUUUGAAGAAUAAUCACAUUGACCAUGAUGCUGUGUUUUUCCCAAAACAGCAAAAUAAAAAUAAUAAACACAAAGGCUUAAAUUCGAACUUGCAAUCGGAAUCGCAGCAGUCAAUUAACAGCGAAAGGGAAAACCCCGAAUACAAUCCGUCUCUAAAAACCUCUGUCCCGUGCCCUUUUCUCAUACGCUGUGGUCGAUGUUUUAAAGGCGACCGAUGCGACUUUAAACACCCAAAACCAUCUGAAACACGGAAAUGCAUUAUACCAUGUCCUUUUCUGCAUAAAAGAUGGUACUGUCUGAAGAAAAAGAUGUGUGAUUUUUCCCACGACAAAUUAGGUGAUACGUAA